AAUCCUGUAUGAAUGUGGAAGCCAUUAGCAGAGUAAUUGCUGUCUGUUACCAUGACAACCAGCCGCUGCAGUCACCUGCCCGAAGUCUUACCAGACUGCACCAGCCCAGCCACUCCUGUGGUAAAGACUGUGGAGGACUGUAGCAGCCUUGUGAAUGGACAGCCGCAGUAUGUCAUGCAAGUUUCAGCCAAGGACGGACAGCUGCUAUCAACUGUAGUACGGACUCUUGCCACUCAGAGUCCUUUCAAUGACCGACCAAUGUGCAGGAUUUGCCACGAAGGCAGCAGUCAAGAAGAUCUGCUUUCUCCUUGUGAAUGUACUGGAACCUUGGGGACUAUUCAUCGUAGCUGCCUGGAACACUGGCUCUCAUCUUCAAAUACCAAUUACUGUGAACUUUGCCACUUCAAGUUUACAGUAGAGCGCAAACCAAGACCAUUGGUCGAGUGGCUAAAAAAUCCUGGCCCCCAACAUGAGAAACGGACUUUGUUUGGGGACAUGGUGUGCUUCUUGUUUAUAACUCCAUUGGCUACUAUCUCCGGCUGGUUGUGUCUGCGGGGAGCAGUGGACCAUCUGCACUUUAGUAGUAGGCUAGAAGCUGUUGGGCUCAUUGCACUCACUGUCGCACUCUUCACAAUUUACCUCUUUUGGACACUAGUAUCCUUUAGGUAUCACUGUAGAUUAUACAAUGAAUGGCGUCGGACCAAUCAAAGAGUUAUCCUUCUCAUCCCAAAGUCUGUCAGCAUCCCUUCUACCCAGCAGUCCUUGCUGGGCCUGCAUUCAGUCAAAAGGAACUCAAAAGAGACCAUUGUCUAAUUGUGAUAAUCUUGUCCAGAGGCCACGAACUAUAUGUGUGUAGCAUCAUAGUUGGAAAGACACUUUUUGUAGAAGAAAAGACAUGACUGUUGCAAUUUAAAUCAUGGAUGCUGCAAUCAUAUGAUAUUUGCUAAGCUGCCAAACAUGUCUAAAAUUUAGCAGAUACUGUAUGGAAUUUUCCAUCACAUGUUGAUAGCUGCAUCACUAGGGAUGCAACUCUUUUCUAAUUGUGAUUAAAAACUAUGAUGGCAAACACUGC